UGCUGAACGCAGCGCUUGUGGUUGGAAUUGUCGAGACGAAAACUUUGGUUGAAAAUGGAUUUUGAUUCUCAUUUGAACGAUGUUGGAUCGUUUGGUUUAUAUCAGAAAGUGGUGAUUUGCUUCAUUCUUCUCCCCGCAAUGCUUCCAUGUGCUUUUCAUGCAUAUUCACAAAUUUUCAUAGCCGCAAAGCCCGACCACUUUUGCAAAAUCCCUGAAUUUGAACCGUGGAUGGAUCAUUACCAAGAUAUUUUGAAAAAUUUAAGCAUUCCAUUGGAGCGUAAUGAUGGGGUUGAGAAGUAUUGUGGGUGUAAAAUGUACAAUCGAAACUAUUCAGACUUGUCACGAUUAUGGCUCAACAAAACUCCCGAUGAAAUUUUAAUCAAUCACAAACAUUUGCUCGACGAGAGUAAAAGUUAUGAAAUAAUAAAUUGCCAACAUGGCUGGAACUACGACAAAACUAUUUUCCCAGCAACUGUCAUCAGUGAAUGGAAUCUCGUGUGUGAAAAGGAUUAUUAUGCAACGAUGGCAUUAGUUAUUUUUGGCAUUAGCGGAUUAAUAGGCAAUUAUAUUUUUGGAUAUCUGCAAGAUUAUUACGGUCGAAAACCAUCAUUCUACAUUUAUUUAUUGUUGGAGAUCACAGCAUGUGCAAUCAGUGCCUUCGCUUGGAACUUCAGUUCAUGGAUGGCACUUCGGUUUAUCGUGGGAUUAACUGUGCCUGCAAUUCUAGCAAGUCCAUAUGUUCUUGCAAUCGAAAUGGUUGGACCAGAUCGUCGUGUUUUUUGUACAAUUGUUUCGAACAUCGCUUACAGCAUUGGACUCACUUCGCUUGCUGGUGUUGUUUACAUGUUCAGAGAAUGGCGACAACUAUCUCUCGCUGUUUCAUUGCCUUUAAUUGUCUUAUUUCUUUUUUAUUUCUCACUACCUGAAAGUCCUCGAUGGCUGAUAGCAACACAUAAAUUUGAGAGAGCUUCCGAAAUUAUGAAAACUAUUGCACGUUUUAAUGGAAAGACCUUACCACAAAAUUACGAGGUGUUGCUAAAAGAACAAUCAUUGGCUUAUGAGAAUAUGCAAAACUUAGAAUCGACAGAAAGGAGAAAUUAUGGUAUUUUUGAUUUAUUCGCGACCAACAACAUGACAAGAAAAACCAUCAUAAUAACAUUCAUUUGGUUCUGCAUCACAUCAGUGUACGUUGGAUUAAGUUAUUAUGCGCCUUCACUAGGUGGAGAUGAAAUUUUCAACUUCUUUCUUGCUGGUGCAUGUGAGUUACCAACAUAUAUUUUCUUGUGGCCAAGCCUCAGUUAUUUCGGAAGACGUUGGAUUUUAUGUAUUUCAAUGAUUAUUGGUGGUGCCGCUUGCUUGGCGACAUUUCUUGCUCAGCAUGACCAAACAACAACAUUGAUUCUGUACUGCAUUGGAAAGAUGGGAAUAUCGUCCGCGUUUGUAGUUUUACCAUUAAUGGCCUCAGAACUUUAUCCUACUGUUGUGAGGGGAUUAGGAAUGAGUUUUAGUCAAGUUGUAGCAAUGAUUGGACCAACGCUGAUACCGAUAGUGAACUACAUGGGGAGUGAAAUGAUUGUUAUGCCAUUAAUUAUUAUGGGCAUCUUGUUGAUUUUUGGUGGAUUAGCCAGCUUCUUCUUGCCGGAAACUAAAAAUAAAUCUCUCCCUCAAACGAUUCACGACAGCGAAUCAGUUCCGCUUGUGAAUCCAUUUAAAGUUUUCAAGAAUAAUAAACAACGACAUACGAUUGCAAUGCAUACAAAUUGAGAAUGAAAAAUGUAUUGAUUUCAAAGCUAACAACAAUUUUCUUUUUUAUUCUUAAACUAUUCUCGAUGUUUGUUUUGAAGACAAAAGGUUUACCUACCUAGUCAUGUAGCAAAACUAGGAGAAUAUUAUCAAGACUCAUGUAUAAAGUUUUGAAUAGAAACAUAUUUGAAAGGUUUUUAUGAUGUUGAGCUUUAAUUGUUGGAAAGUUUGCAUCAACAAUAUUAAUUUGAUCCUAUAAAUCUGAUAUCUUGAAUCACUCAAAAUACAAUCUUAUUGUGUAUAUUUUUGUAUUUUAUUUUAAUGUAAGGUUUUUUUUUGGGGCAUAGUUGAAAG